GUUGUGCCAAUAGGAUUGUUUUUGAACGACGUACACAAAUCUAUUUGCUGACGUCGCUGAAGGAUAUCAAUAUGUUUGACAUACACAAUCUGAAUACCACUGUAGGCUUAUAAAACUAAAGUGAAGAAGACUUAGCGUUAACCAUGGAUUUAAUUUUUGACAUUGGACGAAAUGGGUCCCGCUAGCCGAGAAUGAUUACCAAUGUUGGCUAGUUUAGACGAAAUUAGUCGGGGGGUGGCAUGGUGUUGUGGAAUAUUAGUCAAUUUUUGUGAUGUGCUGUAAUUGUUGUUUGUUGGAUUUCGUUAGUUUAUAACAAUGGUUUAGUGUUAUGUAAGUUACAAAUCCCCCAAAAUGCAUUUCUCUAUCCCUGAUACGGAAGAAUUCACCGACGAUGGGAAUUCGACGUAUAUGGGCUACAACAUACACGUGAACGGAGUGUUUCAUUGUUCAGUGCGAUAUCGCCAGUUGCACAACCUUCAUGAGCAACUGAAAAAGGAAUUUGGGGUGAAUAAUUUACCAACAUUUCCACCAAAAAAACUUCUACCAUUAUCAUCCAGCCAGCUGGAAGAACGGCGAGCUUUAUUAGAAAAAUACAUUCAAGCAAUUGGUCAAGAUCCUCGACUGGUCAACUCUGAUUUAUUCAAUGGAUUCCUUCUAUCAGCUCAGCAAGAAACAAGUUGUGAGAAAAGCCAAGAAGUAAAUUUGGAUGUUUACCUUAUGAAUGGUUACAGGAUAUUGCUCAAGGUUCUGACUACAGAAAGAUCAGACCAGGUUCUUGAGAAAGUUUGCCAGCAAAUAAACCUCCCAAGUGAAUAUGUCUACUACUUCUCAUUGUUUCUCAUCAAACGUGAAGAUGAUGGAGAUGUCACAGUAUUGCGGAAACUUCAGGAUUUUGAGUCACCGUACAUAUCACAGAAAUCCAUCCAGGGUGUUCAUCGUCUUGUUCUCAGAAAAAGUUACUGGGAUCCUAGUUAUGACAUUGAGCUUAUGUCGGACAAGGUGGCUCUGAAUCUUUUGUACGUACAGACAGUAGCAGAUGUCGAAAAGGGAUGGAUUUUGAGUUCAAAGGAGACACAAAAGCAUUUGGCAUCAUUGCAGGCCAGAGGAGCCAAGAAAGAGUAUUUGGAGCUGGCACGUACUCUGAAAUAUUAUGGAUUCUUGCAAUUUCGACCAUGCAUUUGUGAUUAUCCAAAGCCUGGAUCUCGUGUAUUGGUUAGUGCAGGAAACCGUGAACUUAAUUUAAGAGUUAGACUCUCAGAUGGUCAAGAUAUGAGAGAAGGCAGUUUCAAAGUUACUCGUAUGAGAUGUUGGCGUAUAACCACGUUGCAUAAUCAUGGUGAAGGCAGCAGCGUUCACAGUAAUAGUAGCAGUACCUCAGACAACUCACAGCCACAGUUGGAGCUUUCAUUUGAAUAUCUUAUGUCAAAGGACAAGCUCCAGUGGAUUACAAUUGCAAGUGAGCAAGCAAUUCUGAUGUCUGUGUGCCUUCAGGCUAUGGUUGAUGAAUUAUUACUCAAAAAGACUGGAAUGAAGAGAAGACAGCCUAGUGAUAAUUCUAGGAAGGGUAGUUGGUCGUACAUGAAACGGGAUGGGAGCAGCCAGUUAAUAAGCAUCAGUCAGUCAACAUCAACAGAUGGAAUUGCAACAAAGCCCAGUGCAGAGAAUGGAGACACAAAACCUCCAGCCAAAUUGGAAUCCACAUCAUCUAUGAAACGGCUGUCAGAAAAGUUGGCAAGUGUGUCACUUAAGUCUUCCAUCAGACUGCUGCCUCACCCACUUGUUGAGAAUGAUGCAUUUGAAGGAAUUGGUGAUGAUGAUCUCUAACAAAGUGAAAUGUCUCAUUGCUGAAUAAUGUGCAGUAUUUAUAUUCAGCAUUUAACUUUUUCAGUGCCAAUGAAAUAUAUAAAUAACCAUAAGUGUUGACAUUCCAGGAUUUAGAAAUGUGCCGACAAAACUUUUAAAUUUCUGUUUCUGAUAUUUUAUGAUGCUAUUUUAUGUGCGACAAAAUGGAAGAUAUAUUUUGAACUAAAGAUAUACACAGAAAUACAAGCUGAACUGGAAGGAAAUAUAUUGGAAGCAUUUUCAUGACUUCAAUAUACUUUUUACAUUGUUAAGCACGUAUAUCUUUUUUAUGUAAAGUGAUAACUUUGUUUCGUCCAUGACAAGAUACGUGAUCUGUGUAGUUUGUGUGUGGCUAUAAGUAACUUGUUGACAAGUGCAUUGUAGUGUUUUGUGUCAGUUGCACAUGGGAAGCUGAAGGCUUCAAAGACCAUGAACUGUUUCUUACUGGUGAAAUUUCAUAAUAAUAAAAAUUUUGAAAGUGUCA